CAAGACCCAAAAAAAAACAACAGAUAAUAACAUGAGAUCUCUCUUCCUACUAGCCUUGUUCCUAGCUCUUUCUUUUCACCAUGGUGAAGCAGCUGUGACUUGCAACACGGUCGUUGGAGAUCUUUACCCUUGUCUCUCAUACGUGAUGCAAGGCGGAAACGUCCCACCAGCUAACUGCUGCAACGGUGUUAGAUCGCUCAACAGUCAGGCUCAAUCUACUGUGGAUCGUCAGAGUGUGUGCCGUUGCAUCAAAAAUGCUAUUGGAGGAGUCUCCUACUCUUCUAGUAACCUCAACAAUGCUCAGUCUUUGCCUGCUAAGUGUGGUGUUAAUCUUCCUUUCAGGAUCAGCCCUUCCACCAACUGCAACAGUAUCCACUGAGAUAAGCAGAAGAUCCUAAAGGAAGCUACUACUACUACAAGAACUUAAGACAUAUGGCUUGGUAGUAACUAUGUUGAUCGGUUGAUGUAUCUUCACCUCUAUGUUCUUCAAGGUUCUAAUAAAAAUUAUCAACAUGCUAAGAUAUCAGACCAAAAUAUAUAUUCUUACUUACAUCCACACUCCAACAUACGAUUAUCAAAAUGAAUUAUAAUUUCGGCCAAAUGUGAAAACAUUCGUUAUGUUUUGUUACUAGCUAAAAUUCCACUGCGAUCUGAACUAGCAGGUAAAAAAUAAGGUCAUGAAGUAAACCUAUAUACAGCAUAUUCAAACAACAUAAAUUCAAUACUCUUAUGCAUC